AGCACAUCGAAAGGAGCCUGGGCUGGGCCCGGGUCCCGGCCCUGAGGACCACGGGCAUAGCUCACCACCAUCACCGCGGGCGAGGGCCGUCCCUUCCCAGCGACGAAAUGACCCUUGCGCUGACGACCGUUACCUACCACACUCUUCGGCUGCCCGGACUUAGACCCUCAGUAGCUCGGGCACCUAAGCACACAGAAAGCUAGACCACGCAUUUCCGGGGCGGGAUCUGGCCACCCUGCCUAUAAUGUGAGAAUUCAACUAGCGCGGGCCGCCUUCUGGUCGCUCGGCCCUCUGGGUAAGGAAGUCCAUAGUCUGUUAGCUGGCGUGGGAUCGGGUAUCAAAAAACUACAUUUCCCAGCAUGCAACAGAACCAGAUUUCUCAUGGACACUACACUUCCCAGAAGAGACGUGGCGCCGCAGAGUCCUCUGGGAUGGGAACCACGCCGCUUCCCAGCCUCAGUUCCAGGAGUGAAGCGCGGACCUUUCAACAAGAGCUUUAUUGAUUCUCUUGCUGGGAUCGGGGAAACGCGAUGGAGGCGGCCAAUUGCUCUCUGCGGGUGAAAAGACCUCUGCUGGAUCCCCGCUUCGAGGGCUACAAGCUGUCUCUCGAACCGCUGCCCUGCUACCAGCUGGAGCUUGAUGCAGCUGUGGCAGAAGUAAAACUUCGAGAUGACCAGUAUACAUUGGAACACAUGCAUGCUUUUGGGAUGUAUAAUUAUCUGCACUGUGAUGCCUGGUAUCAAGACAGUGUCUACUACAUUGAUAAUCUUGGAAGAAUUAUGAACUUAACAGUGAUGCUGGACACCGCCUUAGGAAAACCCCGAGAGGUGUUCCGCCUUCCUACAGAUGUGACAGCAUAUGACAAUCGUCUUUGUGCAUCUAUCCAUUUCACAUCCCCUUCCUGGGUUACCUUGUCAGAUGGAACUGGAAGACUGUAUGUCAUUGGAACAGGUGACCGUGGAAACAGUCCUGAAAAAUGGGAGAUUAUGUUUAAUGAAGAGCUUGGGAAUCCUUUUAUUAUAAUUCACAGUAUCUCAUUGCUGAAAGCUGAAGAACAUUCAGUGGCUAUCCUGCUUCUUCGAAUAGAGAAGGAGGAAUUGGACCUGAAAGGAAGUGGUUUCUAUGUUUCUUUGGAGUGGGUCGUUGUCACUAAGAAGAAAGAAGAUAGUAAAAAGUAUGAAAUUACAAAGCAUCAUGUUCUCCGUGGAAAGUCAGUGCCACAUUAUGCUGCAAUUGAACCUAAUGGAAAUGGUCUAAUGAUUGUAUCUUACAAGUCCUUCAAGGUUAUUUCGGGAGAUCAGGAUCUUGAAGAGAAUAUGGAUGAAGACAGGCCAGAGAAAAUCAAAGUAGAACCUCUGUAUUACUGGCAACAAAGUGAGGAUGAUUUGACAGUAACGGUAAGGCUUCCAGAAAGCAGUACUAAGGAAGAUAUUCAAAUACAAUUUUUGCCUGAUAAUAUCAACAUUAAGCUGAAGGAUAUCCAAGUUUUGGAAGGAAAACUCUAUUCAUCUAUUGAUCACGAAGGCAGCACAUGGACAAUUAAAGAGAAUGAUAGCUUGGAGAUUUCUUUGAUUAAGAAGAAUGAAGGACUGAUGUGGCCUGAGCUGGUGGUUGGUGAUAAACAAGGUGAACUUAUAAGAGACCCUGCCCAAUGUGCUGCAAUAGCAGAACGCGUGAUGCACCUGACCUCUGAUGAACUGAAUCCAAAUCCAGAUAAGGAAAAGCCUCCAUGUAAUGCUCAAGAAUUAGAAGAAUGUGAUAUUUUCUUUGAAGAGAGCUCCAGUUUAUGCAGAUUUGAUGGCAAUACAUUAAAAACAACUCAUGUGGUGAAUCUUGGCAGCAACCAGUACCUGUUCUCAGUCAUUGUGGAUCCUAAAGAAAUGCCGUGCUUCUGUCUACGCCAUGAUGUCGAUGCUCUCCUCUGGCAACCACAUUGCAGCAAGCAGGACGACAUGUGGGAGCACAUUGCCACCUUCAAUGCCCUAGGUUACGUCCAAGCCUCGAAGAGAGACAAGAAAUUUUUUGCAUGUUCUCCAAACUACUCAUACGCAGCCCUUUGUGAGUGCCUUCGCCGAGUAUUCAUCUACCGGCAGCCCACCCCCAUGUCCACUGUGCUGUACAACAGGAAGGAAGGCAGGCAUGUGGGGCAAGUUGCUAAGCAGCAGGUAGCAAGCCUAGAAACCAAUGAUCCUAUUUUAGGCUUUCAGGCAACAAAUGAGAGAUUAUUUGUUCUCACUACCAAAAACCUCUUUUUAAUAAAAGUAAAUACGGAGAAUUAAUCCUCCAACAUUUGUCUAAAAAGUAUCAAGUGGUACCUGGAGGGCUGAACAGUUGUACUGUAACUUGAUAAGUUUUAGCAUGAUGAAUGAGAAUACCUUUUAUGAAGUUUUAUUUUUAAAGGAUACUGGAAAUGUAUUCAAUAGAUUAUGAAUCUGUAAAAGCUGUGGAUAGAUGAAGCUACAAGAUUAGAGAACACCGGCUUCUGUAAAAAUAUGGAGAUAUUGGCAAAUAUAGUUAUUUUUUAAAACCUGAGGAUCGAAUCUCAUCUUUUAUAUGAAACAUACAAUUCAGUGUUUACAAAUAAAAAUAUUUAUCAUGUACUUUAGCUCAUUGUUUAGAUUGUUACAGUCAUUAUGUAGAAUGUUUGGGUAGUAGUAAAAUACUGAGUAUUAUAAAAGUAUUUUAAUGGGCUGAAGUCUAUAUACAGAAUUGCUUUAAGUCUGUAUAGAGUUGUAAGAAUACAGCAGUUUUGACAAUAUUUGCUUACAAACCUUGUUUUACAGCAAGCAGAAAUUUAUUUAUGUAUUUCCUGUACCACACUGGAAAAGGUUAUACAUUUUCCAUUAUUGCAUAACAAAGUUCAACAAAACUCAGGUCUAAGAGUUUAUUCCAGCACAUGGGAAACUAAAGCUGGAGAGUUAGCAGUUCAAGGCCAGCCAGGGCCACAUAGCAAGACCUUAUCUCAAAACAAAAGCAAUUUAAGGUCUUUAGUUUUUCAUGCUUCUCUGAGAUGUCUCUUGUCCUCUAGUAGUCUAAGCUCUGCUUCCUGACAUCAUACAGAAACACAUUCUAGAGCAAACUAGGGUGCAAGAGGUUGAGAGCCUGGUUUCUCAUUUUUUGCUAAGAAUAUGGACAAAAUGAGUCACAUGGCCAAGACUAAACAGACAGUAGGUCUGUGACACAUUAGAGCCCUUGUUGGGACAGUCACACAGAGUAGAUUUUAACGCAUUUGUCUAAGUUCCCCUUACUUUUCUGACAGUUUAUUCUAUUUACACAUGAGUUUUUUCCCCACAGAUAUUUGUGGUUCAGACUUCCUCUCCAAACUUCCUUCAAUUUGUAUCCAGUGUGGAUUGUUGUGUUUUUAUUUUCAUACUACCAGAAGCUCAUGUUUUAGUAACGUUCUCAAGAGCUUAAGAGGCAGAAAAUAAAGAUUAUGUGGUGGACAA